AACGGCCAAACUCCUUCGCUCUCUAUUCAGAUCCGACCGACCUCCGUCCCACAAUCCAACGGUCGACAUGGCUCUAUCGCAGCUCGCCCAUUUGUCUUCUUCACGCUCCGCCAAUCUUCUGAAAACCCUCUCGUCGGCCAUCCCCCUCCAACGUCCGAUCUCGACGGCCACCACUCCUAUAACCGUGGAGACCUCUGUUCCUUUCACCGCUCACCAGUGCGAAGCUCCCUCACGCACCGUCCAGACCAAUGCAAAUGAGCUUCUCACCUUCUUCCGGGACAUGGCGCUGAUGCGUCGGAUGGAGAUCGCUGCUGAUUCACUCUACAAGGCCAAACUCAUCCGCGGUUUUUGCCACUUGUACGACGGCCAAGAAGCAGUCGCCGUCGGCAUGGAGGCUGCCUUAACUAAAAAGGAUUGCAUCAUUACCUCCUAUCGUGACCAUUGCACCUUCGUCGGUCGCGGUGGGACCCUGCUGGAAGUUUUCGCGGAACUGAUGGGACGCCAGGCUGGGUGUUCUAGGGGCAAAGGAGGUUCGAUGCAUUUUUACAAGAAGGAUUCAAAUUUUUAUGGCGGCCACGGAAUCGUCGGAGCCCAGGUUCCGUUAGGAUGUGGUUUGGCGUUUGCUCAAAAGUAUUGUAAAGACGAAGCCGUGACCUUUGCUUUGUACGGUGAUGGGGCCGCUAAUCAAGGGCAAUUGUUUGAGGCUUUGAAUAUCUCUGCACUUUGGGAUCUGCCUGCAAUUUUGGUCUGCGAGAAUAAUCAUUAUGGUAUGGGGACGGCAGAGUGGCGAGCCGCGAAGAGUCCUGCUUACUACAAACGCGGAGAUUAUGCUCCUGGUUUGAAGGUGGAUGGAAUGGAUGCUCUUGCUGUGAAGCAAGCUUGCACAUUUGCCAAAGAACAUGCCUUGAAGAAUGGACCAAUUAUUCUUGAAAUGGACACUUAUAGGUAUCACGGUCAUUCCAUGUCUGAUCCUGGAAGCACCUAUCGAACCCGUGAUGAGAUUUCUGGUGUUAGACAGGAGCGUGAUCCAAUUGAAAGAAUUAGGAAGCUAAUAUUGUCGCAUGACCUAGCUACUGAGAAAGAGUUGAAGGACAUUGAGAAGGAAGUAAGAAAAGAGGUAGACGAUGCAGUUGCGCAAGCUAAGGAAAAUCCAGUGCCUGAAUCCUCUGAACUCUUCACUGAUGUGUACGCUAAAGGUUUGGGUGUUGAGUCAUUUGGAGCAGAUAGGAAAGAUGUAAGAGCUACACUUGCAUAAAUUUGAGGGGAACAUCGUCAUUCUUUUUGAGUUUUUUCCCAUCAAAAUAAAUCUUGGAAGAAAGAUGAAUAAAGAAGCAAAGGAAGCUGACCCCAGCUACAGAUUCAUUUUGUUGUAUCCGAAUGGAAUACUUUGAUUAUGGGGCAAAUUUGCUCCAUUUUAGCUGUGUAGAAAUUGUGGGUUUAGCUUCAAGCCCAUGGUCUAACAUUCCUAUUAUUUAAAUUGGUUGCUGAUUUGCAUAGUACAUGCAGAAGAACUUAAAUGCUAGCAUUUAUAUUUUAUAAUGAUAAUUUAUUUUCGCCUUUUAAAAUUUUA